AUGGCUUCGCGGGGAUACGAGGCAGAGAUGGCCCCCGCGGCAGAGAGGGAGGUGACCGAGGUGACGAACACCCAUGCAAUCAAAGCGCAGAAGACCCGAGUCUCGGAGGAGUUCAAAGAGCUGGAGAAGAACGACCCCCUGCUCAAGGAGAACCCUCGCCGCUGGGUCAUGUUCCCGCUGCAGCACCCGGAAGUCUGGGAGAUGUACAAGAAGCAUGAGGCUUCUUUCUGGACGGCGGAGGAGAUCGACCUGGCGCAGGACAACAAGGAUUGGGUGACGAUGAACGAAGGCGAGCAGCACUUCGUGAAGCACGUCUUGGCCUUCUUUGCUGCGUCUGACGGAAUCGUGCUGGAGAACCUGGCCGCGCAGUUCUCCACGGAGGUGCAGAUUCCUGAGGCCAGAGCCUUCUACGGCUUCCAGAUCGCCAUGGAGAACAUCCAUUCCGAGACGUACUCGCUCCUGAUUGAGCAGUACAUCAAGGACCCUGCGGAGAAAGACAGCCUUUUCGAUGCCAUCCACACCAUGCCGGCCGUUCAGCAGAAGGCUCUGUGGGCUGUGCAGUGGAUGAACCGCGAGAGCAGCUUCACCGAGCGAUUGGUGGCUUUUGCUGCCGUGGAGGGCAUCCUCUUCAGCGGCUCCUUCUGCGCCCUCUUCUGGCUGAAGAAGCGCGGCCUGAUGCCCGAUCGCCUGUUGACGGCCCUGGGACACAGCAAGAUCUUCAACUCGUCCAACCCCUUCGAUUGGAUGGAGAUGAUCUCCUUGCAGGGCAAGACCAACUUCUUCGAGAAGCGCGUGGGGGAAUACCAGCGCCUGGGCUUGAGAAAGAAAGCUCUGCUUGUGCUGCUCUUUGCUAGGACGGCUAGGCAUUCUGAGGCUGCUUGGCCCCUAGUCUCUGUCGGGCCUUUCCGGGUGUGCUUCUGGGAGUCGCACCGGUUCGCGGGGGGUGUUGCCCUGGUCACCAGGAAGGCGGGCGUCAUGGCGGGGCAGUCUGAUCCUCUGACAGCCUUCGCGCUGGACAAAGACUUCUGA